GGCUCCUCAGCACAUCAAGCUCAGAGUGAUCACCUCCUCAGAAGAGUUGAGACCAAAGACAUACUAAGAGUCCACUGCAGGUUAUUACACAUACCAGUUAAAAUGGAGUUCUUUUUUGGAUUACUUCAGACCCGUGGAUCUAAGACCUCAUGGAUCAGCUUGACCUUUCUAUGCUCAAUGGUGUGCAUGUGGACGACAGUAGAUGGCUGGUCCUACUUCUACUCUGACAACACCAUGAACUGGCAGCAAGCUAGAGACUGGUGCCGGGAGCACUACACAGAUAUGGUGGCCAUCCAGAACCAGGAGGAGAUCAAGCAUCUCGGUAGCUGGCUGCCCAAGAAACCCACCUACUACUGGAUUGGGAUCCGCAAGAUCAAUGAUGUCUGGACCUGGGUAGGAACAAACAAGGCUCUGACAGCAGAAGCAACCAACUGGGCAAUUGGUGAACCAAACAACGGCAAGAAUGGACACAAUACAGGGUUGAAUGAGGACUGCGUGGAGAUGUACAUUAAAAGGAGUGCACAAGCCGGCAAAUGGAAUGAUGAGCGGUGCGGGAAGCUGAAGACCGCUCUGUGCUACGCAGCUGCCUGUAAGAACGACUCAUGCCUCUACGGAGAGUGUGUGGAAACCAUCAACAGCCACAAGUGUGAGUGCUUUGAAGGCUUUUAUGGAGAGCAGUGUGAGCAAGUUGUUAAGUGUAACGAAUAUGAAGUGACCAUUCCGAAUAAAGGAAGUGUAGAAUGCACUCACAAGUACGGAGACUUCUCCUACGAUUCCUCGUGCCAGUACGCCUGUGAGGAAGGAUACCAGCUGAGUAUGUCAAGACCUCUGAUAUGCACUGCCUCCAAACAGUGGUCAGAGCAGCCUCCUACAUGUGAAUUGGUCCAGUGUCCGGAGCUGUCCAGCCCAGCAAGAGGAUCCAUGAAGUGCUCCGAUCCUCUGGGUCCCUCCAGCUUCCAGUCCACCUGUUCGUUUACCUGUGAUGAAGGCUACGUACUGGCUGGUUCUCCAUCUAACACUCUGCAAUGUGAAGCAUCAGGAUUUUGGAACGCCUCACAGCCAUCAUGUGUUGCUGUGCAGUGCCCUGAUCUCCAGGAGCUGGACAAUGGUGUUGUCAGCUGUGGAGAUGAUGUAGAUAGGAUGUUCAGCUACGAAAACACCUGCAGCUUCAGCUGCAACCCCUGCUACCACCUGGUGGGACCGAGCGAGGUGACCUGCACGUCAGCAGCUGAGUGGAGUGAGAGGAUGCCUCGUUGUGAAGCCAUCACUUGCCAGAAUCCAGAGGGAGAAGCUCACCUCAUCACCCAGUGCAGCCAACCUUUGUCUGACCUGCGGCCAGACUCCACCUGUAGGUUCAGCUGUGAAGAAGGCUUUGAACUGCAGGGAGCACACACCACUCAGUGCUCUGAGGAUGGACAGUGGAGUAAAGCCAUACCUACCUGCAAAGCAAUUGGAUGUCCUGUUCCUGAGAUCCCCACAAAUGUCCAGAUCAGCUGCAGCCCCUCUCCGUCUUCACCUGUUUCCUCUGUGACUCAACAUCCACUUGGUAUGGUGUGCACUUUCAGCUGCGACGAAGGUCAUGAGCUGCAAGGUGCACUCAGCAUGGACUGUGCAAAUCCUGGCCAGUGGACCUCCACACCACCGAACUGCACAGCAGUGAGAUGCCCACUGCUCGAGGCGCCUGAAAACGGUCAUAUCAACUGCUCAAACAGUGAAUCAGUGUACAACUCACAGUGCUCCUUCGCAUGCAAUCAAGAUUACUCAUUAAUCGGACAUGAGCUGCUGACCUGUGAUCGCCAUGGCAAUUGGACUGGAGAGAAACCCACCUGCCAAGCUCUCUCAACUCAGACUGCUGCCAUCGCUUCUGGUGUGGUAGCUGGAGGCGCUCUGUUAUCUGGUCUGUCUCUGGCUGUGUGGAUCCUGAAACGACUGAAGAAGAAAGCCACCAAGUUUGAGCUGAACAGUACCUCUGAGAUAGAAGACCCUCCACAGUCCUACAAAAACAGCGUCGACAGCCUCAUAUAAAACACAUAUUCAACAUCGAAGGACAAUUGUAUAUAUCUGUAAAAUACUUGUGUGUCAGUCAUAUUAAUGUGAACUGUAAGAAUAAUUUACAUUGAUGUAAUACAUGUUAAAUAUGUCAGAGCUAUGUAUGGUGAUAGAAAAGGUUUCCCCACCUUUGCAUUUGUUGCAUUAUGUUUCCUUUAAUGUCAUGAUUUGCUCUACCAUGGUCAGACAUGUAUUUCCUCCCAAGGGGAGUUUUCUAUUGAACACGUUGUUCUACAGCUUCAUGAACAUGCUGGAAAGGUGGCUCUAUUCAUGUUACUGUAAAUGUUACAUUGUGGGUAGAUUGCCAUGUCAAUGCAGAACUGUGAAUAAUUUCACUAUAUUAAAGUAUUUAUGUACUAUUUAUUUACCAGACGGUCGUUAGCUCAUUUAUAUUUCUGUAUGUUUAAAGCAGUGCUAUUUUUUAUUCACAAUAAAAGGUCAAACUUA